AUGGACAGAGUACACGGAGACUGUGGGAGUCCUGUGCCACUGGGAGAUGCAGACAGGAGCAGGACUAGAGAACAAGACCCAGGACUAACUGUGUUGGGAAAAGCACAUGAGUUCUUUCGGAUUUGUGAUCUGGAAGGCAAAGGCUUCAUCACUCGUCAAGACAUGCAGAGACUGCAUCCUGAGUUACCUCUUAGCCUGGAAGAGCUUGAAAAAGUUUUUGUUACAUUGGAUGCUGAUGGCAACGGCUCACUUACCCUAAAGGAGUUCACCACAGGAUUCAGCCAGUUUCUUUUGGGGCAGAUCGCUUUGGAUGAUGAGCCGACGCAGCAGGCAGAAGGUGCAGCAGCCAGCCCGCUUCAGCGCGUCGAGACCGAGGGUGGUGACGAGGACGAAGAAUUCCAGUUCUCACAUCUGAUGGAUCGCCUUGGAGCUAAAAACGUUUUGGAUGAUGAGAGCGAUGUGAAGCAGCUUUGGUUGCAGCUGAGAAAAGAUGAACCUCAUUUACUUGCCAAUUUUGAGGAGUUCCUGGUCAGAAUUUUUUCCCAGCUCCAAGAAGCUGAUAAUGAAAAGACUGAGUUGGAAUGCGCUCUGAAAAAGAAAAUUGCUGCUUAUGAUGAAGAAAUUCAACAUCUGUAUGAGGAAAUGGAACAGCAAAUCAAAAAGGAGAAAGAGCAGUUUCUGUUGAAAGACACAGAGAGGUUUCAGUCCUACAGUCAAGAGCUGGAGUGCAAGCUCCUGUCAAAAGAACAAGAACUGGAACAAUUGGCUCAGAAACAGAAAAAGUUAGAGCAGCAAUGCACAGAACUUCUCAGUGGCAAAGAAGAAACCAAAGUAGAGAACACCAAGCUGAAGCUAACUAACCAGGAGCUGCUGAGAGACCUGGAGAGAACAUCUCAAGAGCUAAGCCUGGCUCAACAACAGUUGCAGGUGCUCCAGGAGGAGGCAUCAAGACUACAUGAGGAGAAGGAAAUGGAAGUGUACCGAGUGACAGAAACCUUACAGAGAGAGAAGUCAGGGCUUCUGAAGCAGCUGGAUUUUUUAAG